UGAUGCUACUCACGCUUUUAUUAUUUCUUUAUUGUGCCUAUAAAAACCCCUUAUACAACACUGCCCUUUUACUUCUCUCUGCGUCCUCUGCUUUCUAGGGUUUUAAACAUUUUACUUUCCUUUUCAAGGCAAAUUGAAAAAGGGAAAAAAAAUGAGUCGUCAUCCUGAAGUGAAGUGGGCCCAGAGGUUGGACAAAGUUUAUAUUACAGUGCAAUUGCCAGAUGCCAAAAAUGCAAAGGUCAAUCUUGAGCCAGAGGGCGUCUUUACAUUUUCUGCUAGUGCUGGAGCAGAUAACAAGAGUUAUGAAGUUAAGUUGGAGCUCCAUGAUAAGGUCAAUGUAGAGGAAAGCAAAAUUAAUAUUGGGGUCAGGAGCAUAUUCUGCAUCUUGGAGAAGGCAGAGAAAGGAUGGUGGAAGAAACUGUUGCGUGGAGAUGGCAAGCCACCACACUAUGUCAAAGUAGAUUGGGAUAAAUGGGUAGACGAAGAUGAAGAUGAAGGUCCUGGCGCUGGCUUGGACUUGGGAGGGAUGGAUUUUUCAAACUUUAAUAUGGGAGACAUGGGAGGAAUGGGAGGCAUGGGAGGGAUGGGAGGUAUGGACAUGGGAGGCAUGGGAGGCAUGGGAGGGAUGGGAGGGAUGGGAGGUAUGGACAUGGGAGGCAUGGGUGAAUUUGAUGACAGUGAUGAUGAAGAUCAAGAAGUGUCAAAGCCUGACAGUGCAGAAGGAGCACCUGCGAAGGCAGGUGAACAUGGCAGUGAUCUAGAAGAGAAAAAAGAAGCUGCACCAAGCACAUGAUUGUGUUAGCUGAAGUUGUUAUUUUACUGAAUGAUAGUUGUGCUUAAAAUUUUCGGUAUUGAUGACAAUAUAAUGAGUAUCCUUUUGGCUUAGCUGAGCGCCUAAAUCUUUCGGGAUGGCAAAACCUUAGUUUCUGUCUUAUGGAUAGCUGAAAAUCAUCUUUAACUUGGGUUAGAAUGUUGUACUUUUAGCUAGCUAUGCUCCAUGGAUGAUUAUUUGAACUAGAUACUGUUAUUGUUCAUUGUUUUUCUGCCAGCUAUAUGUUAUGAGCAAGUCUUUUACUUAUUUGCUUA